UAAAAAGUCACAGCCCAACAGUAGUAGAAGCCCCCCUCUAUUUAUUCUUCAUAAAUAAGGAAACCUUCUCUUCACCUCCCCACUUCUCCACUGCCAAGCUACUUCAUUCUUUGCUGGUGGAAGGCAAUUAAUUCCUUCCAAACUAUUCAUUUCAAUACCCAGUCUAAGUUUCUGACCAAUUUCAGUUCAUACUCAUUCUCCCAGGAAGAAAAACUACACACACAAAAGCAAAAAUGGCUGUUCUUGAACUUCUUUUAGUGGGAAUUAUGGCCAUAUUGUCUCCGGUGCACGGGUACGGUGGCUGGAGCAGAGCCCGUGCCACAUUCUACGGCGGGGGCGAUGCCUCGGGAACAAUGGGUGGAGCAUGUGGAUAUGGGAACCUAUACAGCUCAGGCUAUGGAACCAACACUGCAGCUUUGAGCACUCCUCUGUUUAACAAUGGCCUGAGCUGUGGAUCCUGUUACCAGAUAAUGUGCGUCAAUGAUCGGUCAUGUGUUCGAGGAAUUAUUACCGUCACUGCCACGAAUUUCUGCCCUCCUGGGGGCUGGUGUGAGCCUCCAAACCCUCACUUUGAUCUGUCUCAGCCUGUGUUCCUAAGAAUUGCACAAUAUAAUGCAGGAGUUGUUCCUGUUUCUUACAGAAGGGUGCCCUGCAUGAGAAGGGGAGGAAUCAGGUUCACCGUGAACGGACACGCUUUCUUCAACCUAGUUCUGGUGACAAACGUCGGCGGUUCCGGCGACGUACACGCCGUGUACAUAAAAGGAUCGAAAACCGGGUGGCAGAUGAUGUCCAGAAACUGGGGGCAGAACUGGCAGAGCAAUGCCAACCUUAACGGCCAAAGCCUCUCUUUCAGGGUGGUUACCGGAGACGGCCGCAGCCUCGUGUCGUACAACGUCGCUCCUCCGUCGUGGUGCUUCGGUCAGACCUACACCGGCCGCCAGUUCCGCCUGACUUAGCUGCCCGGAAAAAGGAGAUCCUCACUGGCCGGAAGGACAAUAUAUUUUUAUUACUCCAAUUUUUAAAGGGAUUAGUUUUGGAGAAGUCCUUUUAAUUUACUCUUUUUAGCCAUGCCAAAAAUUGGCCUGGUGAUUUAUUUAAUCAACAAGAGACAGGUGGGUGUUGUACGCGUGAGGAUUAAAUUUCUACUAUUUUAUUGUUGUUAAUUAAUGUUAUGCAGAAAAAACCUAUCUGCAUAACUGUGGAAGGCAUAAAAUUUCCAUUUUUUCUGUUUGUAAUUAGUAAGUAAUAAAUAGGAUUAAGGGGUAAUCAGCUAAUGCUGAGAGUGGAGGCAGUGGUCUGUUGUACUUUUGGAGCAAUGGGUUGUGAAGGUAUGAUAAAAGAAGCCUUCCAUGCCGGCCAGCAGCUUAUUCUGAUUUUUCAUUCUCAAAUACUCGUAUGAAGUAUAAUAUUAUUGUAAUUCCCUAGUAUGAUCAUCGAAAAUAAUGCAAUCAGCUUCUAAUUGUCACAAUGCAUGGUUCGAAAGAGGGAUUCAAGAUUUGUAGAGACAUUUAAAAAUUUUGAGGAAAAUAAAUUUAUAAAAGUUGCACAAUUUUUGAUGAAAAUAGGAUUAAAAUAUACACAAAAUUCAAAAUUAAACUUAGUAUCAGUAUGUUUUAUUCCCUAAAGACUUAUUUAGUCUUAUUAAACGAAUAAGUCGAUUACAACUUCUUAAUAUAGGAGUGAAUGAGUCCUAUUCUUUGUUUC